GGUGGAGGGCGGUCACCCCAAAAUGGCUGAGCAGAGUGGGGUGGCUUCACGGUUCCGCCAUGUUGGGGUUAAUUUGGGCUCGUCAGGCCGGGCUCGACGAUCCAUUGCGGCUGCGCCGGGCCGAGGCUACCCGGAGGGUUCUAAGUUUGGAAUUAAAUAAAGAUAGAGAUGUGGAAAGAAUACAUGGGAGUGGUAUCAACACCCUUGAUAUUGAGCCUGUUGAGGGAAGAUACAUGCUAUCUGGUGGGUCAGAUGGUGUUAUUGUGCUUUAUGACCUUGAAAACUUGACCAGAGAAACAAGUUACACAUGUAAAGCACUUUGCUCUGUGGGAAGGAGCCAUCCUGAUGUACAUAAAUUCAGUGUGGAGACAGUCCAGUGGUAUCCUCAUGACACUGGCAUGUUUACAUCCAGCUCGUUUGAUAAAACCUUGAAAAUAUGGGAUACAAAUACUUUAAAAUCUGCAGAUGCCUUUCACUUUAAAGGAACAGUUUAUAGCCAUCACAUGUCUCCAGUUGCUACAAAUCAUUGUUUAGUAGCAGUUGGUACCAAAAGCCCCAAAGUACAGCUCUGUGACUUGAAGUCUGGAUCUUUUUCUCACAUUCUGCAGGGUCACAGGCAAGAAGUACUGGCAGUGGCUUGGUCCCCACGUCAUGAAUAUGUUUUGGCAACAGGAAGUGCAGAUGGCAAAGUGAAAUUAUGGGAUGUGAGGAGAGCAUCUGGAUGUCUGAGUACACUUGAUCAGCACAAUGGAGAAAAGUCCAAAGCAUCUUCAGAGGCAGCAAACAGUGCUCACACUGGGAGGGUUAAUGGUUUAUGCUAUACAAAUGAUGGACUUCAUCUGUUAACCACUGGUACAGAUGAUCGGAUGAGACUCUGGAACAGCUUCACUGGAGAAAAUACAUUAGUGAAUUAUGGGAAAGUCUGCAAUGAAAGCAGAAAGGGACUCAAAUUCACUAUCUCUUGUGGCUGUGAUCCGGAAUUCGCCUUUGUACCAUAUGGUAGUACCAUUGCUGUUUACACAGUUUUCACAGGAGAACUGAUAACUAUGCUUAGAGGGCAUUACACUGCUGUCAACUGCUGUGUAUUUCAGCCUAAUUUUCAGGAACUUUAUAGUGGUAGCAGAGAUUGCAAUAUCCUUGCAUGGAUACCAGCUCUUCGAGAGCCAGUUCCAGAUGAUGUUUCUGAAAAGUCUCUGCCUCAACAGCAUUUAAAUCCAGCAUAUGAAGACGCAUGGAGCAGCAGUGAUGAUGAAGGCUGAAUUUAAAUUAUGUGCUGAUGUGAAGUUGACAUUUGGGCACUGCGUUCACAGACUUCAUCUACAGAUUUGUAUAAUGUCUUUUAAAUUACAACUGGAUUUUUGGUACAGUUCUGUUAGGGCAAGUUAUUUCAGAAAUAAGUUUCCACUGUUCUGUGUUUUUCCUUCACUGUUAAAGUUAAAUUUAAAGGAUUGCUUUUUCAUAUUUACUGACUUUUAUACUUAGCUUUUCACACUUGUAUUCUUUAUUCAGUUUUGAAUAUCUGAUGAAAGAAAAGUCCCUUAGCGACAGUAAAUAUUGCACUGCUUCUGGGGUCACUAAUAUAUAAGGAGAUAAUAUCUUCAUUCCCAAGAAGCAUGAUACAGAGGAUUUUGCCUGAAAUAGGACUAGCUCAGGGACACUUCUAUCUUAUUUUUAUCAGUGUCUAUAUAAAACAGAUCAGCAUUCAUUUUCCAUGGAUGUUGAUCAUGGGAGCCAACAGGAUUUUGUGUCUGUUCUUUUGCAUUUUCAGUUUAGCCUAAGUUUCUGCACAAAUGCAGUAUUCAGUUCAGAAGGAGGCAUAGCUGAGAUCAUCUAUUCAAGUAUUUAUAUGGUGAACCCAUCAACUAGUAAUUUAAUCUGUCCCAGAAAGUUAAGAAUAGAAAGUAGUUUAGAGUUUUUGUUGCUUCUGUUAGCAGGUUUUAAGAUCAGACUCCUUGUAUGAAUCUCUCACUCUUCCCUAGCCAGUAUGAAGAAUUCGUGCACAAACUCAGGCUUGAGGUACAGUACAAGGCAGAGUGAAUCACACUCAAGGUAGGAAUAUCAAAUGUAGCCCUCCAAACUUCUGAAUUCAUGAAUUUGCUCUGUUUUGAAAGGAGAAGCUUUGUGAGCUUAUUGUCUCUUCUCAGUUGCUAGUUUGUGCUUCAGACAUAGUGCAGUCACCAAGCAGAGAGCUUAGUUAGAGGUUCCCAGCAGCUGUAGGUGCAGCUAUAUAGAUAAGAACUUCCUUCCAAAGCAGAGCAGAUACUAGGACCACGAAUUCAUACACAAGGAAAAAAUAUUGUAAAAAUGAAUGAAUGAUAAUAAUUUAAUCUUUGUAUAGUGUAUAUUAUUCUGAUUACUACACAUUCACUGUGCUUCUGUAUUUCAGUAUGAAUACAAGGUAUGUCAAUCUCCAGUCUAGCACUGUAAAAAUGAUACAAAGUAAGGAGCGGUCAUAUCAAGAGAUGCUGUAAUUAAAAAAGCUUCGUAUGUAGUGCAUUUUUGCUAGGAGACACCCACUAUUAAGUGGAUAGCUGCAGGGUGGAAGACUUCCAGAAGUUUCGGCUGGAGUUAAGAACCAGCGUGACACUGUCACUUUACAGGAAUAGAGAAAAGAAUUUUCUAUUUAUUUUUUCUCCGAAUUAGUUUUCAAUAGCAAUGGUGGCUGUUACCUCUAAAACUGGGGAAUAAAUUUUGAGAAAAUACAACACAUUUUGACUUUUGUCUUGACAAGGAUGACCCUUUUGCAUGUUGUAAUUGUGCAUAUGAUUUGUAUAUGCAAACUGGAAAGCAUGUAUUUGGUAUUUGAAUUUCUAAAAAUGUGCUUAGUAAAUUAUAGAGCUAGUUAUCAAAGAACUUUUUUUUUGUCAGUUUUCAGUUAUCUGUAAUGUCACUAUAAGUGGUGUUGAUCUUAAACAAAAGCCUACCACAUAACCAGAUCUGUGCUGGUAUAUAAAAUGGAAGAGGCAAAAAAAUUGCAUUUAUUAAAAAAA